AAGCACAGCCAUGCCCGGGCAAGGACCCACGACACCGCGCUGUUGCAUGAUGGUGCUGAUGCUACUGACGCUCUCACGGCUGCCAUCAGAAGACGCCUUAUCUCUGGCCCAGGAGCACCUCCAGUCCUUCCCAAAACCCUCAGACAUACACUCCAGUCCGAAUGUCUCCAGAUUCCAGGAGUUGCAGAAACGCUUCGAAGAUUUGCUGACCAGGCUUCAAGGGAACCAAACCUGGGAAGACUCGAACCCUGACCUCAUCCCUGCUGUUCACGUCCAGAUACUCAUCCCAAAGUUGAGACUUGGGCCUGGCUCCCAAGUGCACCUAUACAUCCCCCGGGGCAACCUGACUAUGGGGCUCCCCACUGUCUCCCGCCUGCAUCAGGCCCUGCUCAGGCUGUCCCCGACAGAGUCGAGCUCGUGGGACGUGACGAGCUCGUGGGACGUGACGCGGCCGCUGCAGCGUCAGCUUGGCUUUGGAAUCUCCCGGGAGCCGGUAAUCCGCUUGCACCUGCCGGCACCCUCUGAGCGGUUGCUGGCCGCAUUGCCUUCUGCACAGCUCCGGCUGGAGCUGCACUGGUGGCCACGCGCCGGAAGGGGGCGCCGCAGCCCACAUGCACGCUCCCAGAACCGCUGCCCGCUCGGAGAGGGGCGCUGCUGCCGCUUGAAGAACCUGCGCGCGUCGCUCCAAGAUUUGGGCUGGGCUGACUGGGUGAUAUCGCCGCGCGAGCUGGACUUGCGCAUGUGCAGCGGCGCGUGCCCGAGCCAGUUCCGUUCGGCUAAUAUGCAUGCGCAAAUGCUGGCGCGCCUGCACAGCCUGAGGCCCGAGGCCGCGCCUGCGCCGUGUUGCGUGCCCUCCAGCUACGAGCCGGUAGUACUCAUGCACCGGGACAGUCAGGGCCGCGUGUCACUCACGACGUACGACAACCUCGUGGCCAAGGACUGCCACUGCGUGUGAGCGGCCCUAGGCCUUCACUGAUAGCACGCGUGCAGUGGAAGUGACCUCAAUCCUUGCCUGCCGAAUGGGCUUGUGGACCUGAAGUAACCUAUUCUAACCACUGAUGUCUACCCCCUCUCGUCCAACCCGCUGUAUUUAAAGUUGGUAUUAUUAUUAAUUUAUUGGGGUUUAGCAACCUGGGGACUGAAGGGCUGGUCUGACAGGGUGUACCUUUAUUUAAACUCUGGUAAUAAAAAUGAAGCUGUUUGACCUGACUCCUGUGAUGUCCAAACGGAGCUGGGCACCUUAGGAAGAGCCCGCCCCUUCGUGGUCUCAGUUCUCACUGGGAAUCUGGUAUAGGGGUGAAUGGAAGGGUUCAGAGAAUGGGCAACAGGGCGUUCUUGGAGAUGACAGGGAAUUGGAUGGUGCUUCUGACACUAAUGGGCCUCAAGGGCAGCCUGGGACAUCCUUUUCUGUCUCCGUGUUUCUCUAGCUUCCUGUUUCUUUGGUUUUUAGCAUCUCUCUUCAUCUCUCAGUACUCCUGUUUCUGGACCAGUUAAGAUAUCUCAGUAUAUGAGAGCUAAAACAGACUCAGAGACCGAUUCUAACACCCUGUUUUACAGAUGGGGGAACUGAGGCCUGGAGAGUUAAUGGUGGAGUCAGGACCUGGACUCGUGACUCCUGACACUUUGGCCAUAGUUCUGCAUCUGUAUUAGGAUGUUUAAAAGUGAGAAAAAGAGAAAGGGGAUGGCAUUCUGGGCGAAAGGAAUAGCAUGGACAAAUGGCUUAGGGAAAUGAAGCCAUUUUCAACCCAGGAGGGAGGUGGGCUUUGUGGGGAUGAGGCCCAGACCAGAAGGGCAGAGAGAUGGGAGAAGGCACUGAGGUGGGCAGGGCUGGAUCACGCAAGCCUCAAGUAUCAAUCUGAGGAUCCAGGGGCAAUGGGGUGCCAUGGUGGUCGUGUGAGCAGGGGAGGGGCACAGUCUCAAUACAUGAGUUACAAAGAUCCCUCAGGGGUUCGCAUGGGCUGCCCUGAAUCUCAAUGCCAGGUGC